AUGGAACCACUCACACUAAAGCCCCGGACUCCUGUCGAGAGUCCGGAUGUCGAAAAUUGGGAUGAUGAUGACUUUGAAAACCUCGACGAUGUGCACUUCCGCACAGCUUCAACUGCGACUUCAAUCAUCUCACACCCUCAAACCAACCACCGGGAUUCCGCGUCUUCGCGCAUGUCCAUGCGCUCCGAAUCCAACAAUGGAGAUGAGAACUGGGAUGUUCUGGUGGAUGAACAAGCCUCAAUAAAAGAUGCCAUAGCAUUGGCUAAGAGUAAAGGAAUACCACUACCAACAAAUGUGCCUCGUUCUGCCCUAGAGGGAGGCACCAUUCGACGCCUGAAAGGCAAGGAAAUCAAGAAGGCUAUUGCCGACGAUUGGUCAGAAGACCUCGAUAUACCUGGAAACGACAUACCCUUAAAGCUUGCAAAACACGAUGACCGCGAUAUUUCGGAAAGUUUGCGUCAAAUCAGUGCCGCUUUUCGUACUUCUCCCAAAACUCCUGAGACGAGUAAAGACUUCUUCGACAAAACUAUUCGAUCACCCAAAUCAAGAACAGCUCCUACACCAAUAACAUUGGAUGCUUUCCGUGACACUGAGGAGGAUGCCAAUUUCGCUGAUGUGCCCACGAUAAGAGUUGCCAAGCACAGGUCACCACAAAAACCACUGCUCUUUGAGCAGCCCCCAACACCCAUGAAACCACAGAUGGAGAGUAUCGAAGAAGACCUCGAGCUACCAGCCGAUGGAAAAUUGAGAUUGUCAACGAGGAAACCUCAACCUCAAACACCACAACAAGGUGAUGACUUUGACCUUGAGUGGGCCGAAGGUAGUCUCGGAACAAGACACGCUGGCAGAAGAGGUGGCAGAUCUGCUCGAAGCUCUUCCGCCUCCGCGUUGAGUCCUAGCGUCUCGAGUGCUUUUACUGCCGAGAGUGAGGAUGAAGGCCUUGAUGGCCUUGUUCUUCCUGAUGGCCCCAUAAGUUUUGAGGCCAAACUCAAACAACGCCACCUGGAACAAACACCAGAAAUCAACGAAGUAUCCGACGACAGGAACAAUCUUAAGAGGACAUCUGGGAAGGACGAUUUCUUUUCUGGCCUAGAAAUUGGUGAUGGCGAGGUCUUUGAUUCUGCCAAGUUGACCCUAAAUCGCAAUGUCAAGCACAAGAGCACACGAACUACAAGCCCAUCUAGGAGAACUGCCACAACACUCAAUUUUACAACCACAAAGACAACCGGGACCAUAUCACGGUUGCCUCGAUUUCAACCAACUCACGAACGCCACGAUCGUCCUCGUUCUCAUUUGGAACCUGUUUCAGAAACAGGCGCUCCAAUCUCCACCUAUCAACGACCGAGUUCUCGAAUCGCAAGCCAUUCAGGACAGACAUCUACUACAGCUAUUCCAGCACCAACCACACCAUCAACACCUUCUACGCCUUCUACGCCUAGUAGACGACUUCUCCGGGGCGCUGAGUCUCGACCCGAUCUUCGUUUCGAACAACCCACUACCACAAAUGCACAAUUAUUACGUGCAAAACGAUCAAUGCCAGUAAUGCGUGGCGUCAAUUCACCUACGAAAUCUUCACCCUAUGUAAGACCUCCUUCAAGACAGGAUACUGGAAGUCGCCUCAAUCUGCUGUCACGACCCAAAACGCCCACUGAUCGCCUCGACACUCGAUCAGGCGACCCCAAGAAAGCCAAUGUCCCAUUCAUCCCGGCCGGCGGUUCAUUGACUCAGUCUCAUAACAUCAACCUCAGAUCUACUACCACACGUCACGUCCGUGGUCAAGGAUCUGAUGGUUCCGGGGAUAGUAUGUCUGCUGCCCAACGAUCUUUGUCUCGUCUUGCUGGACUUGGUCGGCCAGAGACCCCGCGCGGUCGCAGUAACCUCACACCUGCAGAGCUGGCUGCUCAAGCCAAGAAGUCAAUCACAAAACCAGCAAAACGUCGCAACUAUGGAGACGGCUCUGAACUCGAAAUCUUCGAUGACCUGCCCACAUCUGCCACUAUUGAGUCGAAAUUCACUAAACAACCGGUGGGUCGUGGUGCGCCUCGAAGUUUGAGAAGCAAACUUGGACUGUCUCACAUGAACCCCUCUUCGUCAUCUCUAGCCAGCACUCGCCGUGGUAGUGACACACCUAUGCCAGGAACACCGUUGACUCCCCAUCGAAAUGACUUCCCGACGACAGCACUCAACACUACCAAUGUACCGCGAUUUGCUCGUGACACUGCUGCAUCUCGAAACGCUCGAGAGCAACGUCAAAUCUCAACGAGUUUCCAGACCAUUCGUGGGGAACCGCUGCAACCUAUCUCUGCAAACUGGAAACCUCCCCAGAUUGCUCGUCUUAACCAGCAAGGUAGUUUGCGGAAGAAGAAGAACGAGAAGACCCAGCAAAAGCCUCAUCUCAUCAAAUCUAUGGGUGGUGACUCGAACAGGGCCAAGACUGAGAAGGGAAUGCAAUAUAAUCCUUUGCUUUUUAGAUGGGAAGGCAAUGAAAAUUCUCUAGCUCCCUUCGAUGUUCCCGACUUCCAUCCACGUGGAGGUAGUCCUUCUGGACAAGGUCAAGGCAGUCCUGGCACCAAGGCCAACCUGGCAUUGAUCUCAAACGUUGGGUCCAUCACUGGUGUUCAAGUUGUCGGCGGUAUGGUCUUUGAUCCAUCACAGAUGCGAUGGUUGAAGAUUGCAGAGAAUGGAACGGGAAGCACUGCUGGCAUCCGAGGUGAAAAUGUCCAAGUUGAAGAGGAAGAAGACGUAUUUGCCGGGUUGGAAGACCUGAAGGAAGAGGAGGAGACACGAAGCCGAAGUGGUACACUACAACACCUCGUGAGUGCCAGUCAGUCUCGUGAAUCACUUGGAGAUGCGGAUGGCGGACACAGCAGUGGUGAAGACUGGGGAGUCGCUGAAGAGUUUGACGUUGGCCCCGAAUUUGUCCGACGACAACGCACUGAAGAAGACAGAUGGCGUCGAAAAGUAGAGAAGUGGCUGAGAACAGGCGCCGAUGCCGAAGAUGACGAGAAUGCCGAUGGUACAGCGGGUCACCGAUGGGCGAUUAGAGAUCUCGUUAUGGCUCAACUUUAG